GUUUAGCAAUCAAAGUGAGAGAAAUCUUCUGGAUUUUUGCGAUGAUGAAUUUUCUGAGAAGGGCAGUCUCAUCUUCCAAGCAAAGCUCACUGAUUCGCAUCGUCGCUGUUGCUACCACUACGUCCGGAAUUGUUUAUGCUAAAACUAAUCCAGAUGCAGGAACGACAAUCUCUCUGGCUAUCCCGGAAUCUGUUAAAGAAUCUCUGUCAUUACCUUGGCAGAUUCCACAGGGUCUAAUUCAUCGUCCAGAUCAAAGCUUGUUUGGGAAUAUCGCGGCGUUUUCUUCCCGAGUCAGCCCAAAAUCAGAAGCACCUGCAAAUGCAAACGACGACGAGGAGAGAGUUCCUGUUGAAGCUUCGGAUAGUCCGAAACCAAGUAGCGGGUACUUGGGAAGAGACACAAUUGCUAAUGCAGCUGCAAGAAUUGGACCAGCAGUUGUCAAUCUAUCAGUUCCUCAGGGUUUUUAUGGAAUUUCUACGGGGAAGAGUAUCGGUUCUGGAACAAUCAUCGAUGCUGAUGGCACGAUAUUGACUUGUGCUCAUGUUGUAGUCGACUUUCAGAACAUUCGUCAAUCUUCUAAAGGGAGGGUUGAUGUGACGUUGCAAGACGGUAGGACGUUCGAAGGUGUGGUGGUGAACGCAGAUUUGCAAUCCGACAUAGCAUUAGUGAAGAUUAAGUCAAAGACGCCAUUGCCAACUGCUAAACUUGGUUUUUCGAGUAAGCUUUGUCCAGGGGACUGGGUAAUAGCUGUGGGUUGUCCUCUUUCUCUUCAGAACACAAUAACUGCUGGUAUUGUCAGUUGUGUUGAUCGCAAAAGCAGUGAUUUGGGUUUAGGAGGCAUACGUAGAGAAUAUCUCCAAACAGACUGCGCGAUCAAUGCUGGAAACUCUGGUGGACCUCUCGUGAAUUUAGAUGGAGAAGUGAUAGGUGUUAACAUCAUGAAAGUCCUAGCUGCAGAUGGGCUCGGAUUUUCUGUACCAAUCGACUCAGUCUCCAAAAUCAUUGAGCACUUCAAAAAGAGCGGUAGAGUUAUUCGUCCAUGGCUUGGGUUAAAAAUGAUCGAACUCAAUAAAAUGAUCCUUGCUCAGCUAAAAGAACGAGACCCGAUGUUUCCUGAUGUCGAAAGAGGCAUUCUUGUCCCCACCGUGAUUCCAGGAUCACCGGCUGAUCGAGCUGGAUUCAAACCAGGUGAUGUUGUUGUGAGAUUUGAUGGGAAGCCGGUGGAGACCAUCAAAGAGAUAAUAGAGAUAAUAGACGAUAGAGUUGGGAAGCGGAUGCAAGUAGUUGUGGAAAGAUCAAAUAAAGAGAGGGUCACACUAGAAAUCAUUCCUGAGGAGGCUAAUCCAGACAUGUGAUGUGAUGGACACUUCAAAACCAAACUUCAGAUGUAUUUCUUAAGCUGCGGUUGAUUUUUUCCUUUCUUGUUUAUAUUGGCUUUGCUUUCUCUUUUACAAUGGAAGUUGCCAGAAAAAUAUUUGUUCGAA